ACAAUCUUAUUAGACAGCUACAUAAUUGAUGCACCCUGUGUACUUUUCCAAUGAUUCAACUCCUGAGGAAGAAACUGGACAUGUUGAAUCAUCAGCAUUCAUGUUUUAUGGUUCCUUAUUUGGUCCAGCCAUUGACCUUAGUGUUGAGUUUGCAUGCAGCAACCACAAUGAUAUGGUAGCAGAACCUCCUCUGCAAAUCGAGGGGAACUCAGCCAUUUUCAACUGGUUUGGAGACCACACAAUUAUUCAUGAUCAGUCAAAAUACAUUUGUAAGACGUGCUACCUGCAACUUUACAAGACUUACUCUCAAGGAAGUGAGAAGUCAAGUCCUCAGGGAUAUAAGAUAACAUUUGAAAUUUUAUCACAAAAAAUAGUUUCUGGUAAUGAGGAGAGUUUCAUAAAAUAUUUUGGGAACAAAUCUGCAGUGAACAAAAAAUCGCUUCUUACUGAGAGUGAUGAGGCUGGAUUAGCAUUGCUCCAUUACUCAGUCCUCGCCAAAGAGAACAGUCAAAUUACCAAGUAUCUGAUUGAAGAAGGAGCAAGAGUAGACACAAAAGACCACUGUGGUGUAUCACCAUUACAUUGGGCCUGUUGGAAUGCAGAUGUGGACACUAUUGAAAUACUUUUGGAUAAUCAAUGCAAUGUUUUCUCUCGCGAUGUUACUGGAAGACUACCUUUACACUAUUUGUGCCUCUCCCAAAAUACGAAAACCAAAGAACAAUCAAUGAAGCUGCUAUCUGAAUACCGCGGUUUCUCUGAGUGCUCCACAGUGCAGGACUUAGCUGGGUGCACACCACUCCACUACGCUACUCUGUCUCGUUCUUACCCAUGUGUUUCUUUGUUGCUUUCUCACGGAUCAGAUCCAAACUGUUCUGCCACCACCACUCUGACUAUCAGCACUUCACCUGCCUCUCUGUCUCCCUACUCCGGUGACUGCAGGCUUGUUAGCUUGUUCAAACCUCGUGACAAAGUGAUGGCAGCUCUGGUUGGAGGAGGAGACGUGUCUAAUCUAAAAGGGAGAGAGUUACAUAACAAGCCCAAGCUACAAGCAUUAUUGCAUACUUAUAGAAAGACAUGGAAGCGAUUUUAUCUAACCGUCGACUGUCAAGGGUACGAAAUACGCAUCAUAUAG